AUGGAGGCUUACAUGGGUGCCGCCGGCUCCUCGCAGCUUCUCAAGGCCGUCUUGCUGGCCUUCGCGUGGGCCUUGGACGCGCAGCAGGUGUUCAUCUCGGUCUUCACCGACGCCGAGCCGCCGUGGCACUGCACGGACGCCGACGCCGACGCGUCCUCCUGCUCCGCGGCUGCGGCCUCCCCUUGCGCGCUCCCGCCUGGCGCGUGGGCGUGGGACCGUCCCGCCGUAACGUCGGUGGUCUCGGAGUGGUCACUGGAGUGCGCCGGCCCGGCGCUCGUCUCGCUCCCGGCAUCCUCGUUCUUCGCCGGAUGCCUCGUCGGCGGAUUCCUCCUCACCACGCUUGCCGACUCGCUCCUGGGCCGCAGGAAGAUGCUGCUCGCGUCCAUUGUGUCCAUGUCGGUCUCUGGCAUGGUCACCGCGUUCUCGCCGAACGUGUGGGCGUACGCCGCCCUGCGAUUCGUGUCCGGGUUCGGCAGGUCCAUGGUUGGCACGUGCACGCUGGUCCUAUCCACGGAGCUCGUGGGAAGGAGGUGGCGCGACACGGAGUCGCCGCGGUGGCUGCUGGUGCGCGGCAGGAGGCAGGACGCCAUCGACACGCUGCAGCAGAUGCAGAUCGGCGGCAUCACGUCGUCCAGCUUCUCCAUGAUACACGCCUGUGCCAUGAACGACGACGAUGACGCGGGGGCGAGCGCGAGCAGCGUGUUCGCCACGCUGCACUCCAUGUGGGAGCGCCCGUGGGCGCUCCGGAGGCUGGCGGCGAUCAUGACGGUCAGCUUCGGCGUCGGCAUGGUCUACUACGGCAUGCCGCUCAACGUUGCCAACCUGGGCUCCAACCUCUGCCUGAGCGUCACGUACAAUGCGCUGGCCGAGCUGCCGUCGUCCAUCCUCUCGUGGCUCCUGAUGGGCAGGAUCAACCGUCGGAGCUCGGUGGUCGCGCUCACGGCGGCGGCGGGGCUGUGGAGCCUCGCGUGCGUCGUAAUCCCGCAGGGCACGGCGCGGAUGGCCGCCGAGCUGGUCUCCUUCUUCGCGACGUGCACGGCGUUCAACGUCAUACUCAUGUACUCCAUCGAGCUGUUCCCGACGUCCGUCCGUAACUCGGCGGUGGGGCUGGUGAGGCAGGCGCUGGUGCUGGGAGGCGUGGCGGCGCCCGUGCUCGUCGCGCUGGGGCGCCGCAACAGCUUCUUCUCCUUCGGCGUCUUCGGGCUCGUCAUCGGCUGCUCCGGCAUGUUCGCUGCCUGCCUGCCAGAGACGAGGGGAAAGGCCAUGUCCGACACCAUGGACGAGGAAGACCACACUUGCACCUUCCACCACCACGUGGACACUAGUACCGACCUUCACCUCGUGCAAUUCCCUUAA